CGUCACUAUGUCACAAUCUCAGUGUUAUAUGCGUCAUUCGAGGUUUCACACCUCAUUACGACAAUUGCUUCUGCUAUAAAACUGACAUUCAAAUAGAAUCUACCAAUAGAGGAAAAAGAACAUACAAGAAGCAACAUCAACAAAUCAAAGAAUAUUCGCGAAUCAUUUCAACAAGAUUUGAAACAUUUUUCUCUUGUUUCAAGUUAACUUCAACCUGGCCAGUCUCAAAUAGAAUUGUUGAACUGAAAUAAUAAACGUAAAAUGGAAGCCAUGAUGCCGUGCAAAACAGAGACAAUAAAUAUAAAAGAAGCUUGGACGCAGAAACAAGAACGCAAAAAUAAUCUGAGUAUCGCACUGCCUACGAUUCAGAAAAAAAGGAACCUCACAGGUGUCUCGCAAAAUCAGAAUGACAAAUUUGGGGGCAAGAAAAAAGGUAAUGACUUCUCAAAAGAUCGACGACCAUCAAAAUGUAAAGAAAUUACAUUAAAAUUGACAAGGAUGAGCACAAAAAGUGGAACGGAACAUUUUAUAACAAGUAUGACUGAACGAGAAAUCUCCGAUAGUACGGACAGCUGUAGUGGAGGCAACCUGACCCCAUUAAUGGAACGAUUCUUAGCAGACUCCACUAAGGAAAAUAUGGCCUUUAAAAAUAGAAGGACAAGUAUACAGAGACGAAUUGGAUGUAGAGAUGAAUACAAAGAAGAAAAAUCGUGCUCCAUGACAAAAGGAGAGAUUGAGGCCUUCACCGAACAAGAAGGUAUUUUAUCUUUCUACUCAAGUGCUAACGCGAGCACUUCAGCCGCAAACUCUGAAUGGCAAGAUGUUAAGGGGUCACUUUACCCCCAAUUAACAAACAGAAAUCUUCACGUUCCUCAAAAUCAAUGGACAUAAAAUCAGAAACAAGCCCGACAUAUAACUAUCGAAAAUGCAGUAACAGUGAUUCAUCAGGUGCCUCACAAAUACCGAAUUCACCGAUCUACUCGGACGUAAGUCUUAAUGGCCUAUUCUGCUCUGAGGGAACAUAUAGCACUGCCUCAUUAUCGCCAAUGCUAUCGGUGAUUAAUCCUGAGGAUCCCGUCUCUCCUAGCCAAUUAGAUGUUACCACUCACAAAUAUCCUCGACGAAAUUCAGAGAACAAUACUACAGAAUCUGAGCAUCAUGGAGUUUUCCCUCGCUGUUUCUCAAUGUGCUGCCUUUCGAGAAAUUCAGACCGGAGACAUUCACUAUAUUCUGAUGAAGAGAUUGACAAUUGUCGUUGUAUAAAAAGUCUUCCUAACAUUGAUAACAUGUGUCAUAAAUCAGGGUCUACACGUGUCAACAGUUUCAAUUCUUCCCGUGGCCAAACUUCUACACGUGUCAACAGUUUCAAUUCUUCCUGUGGCAGAACUAAAUACAAAACGAAAGAUAAUUAAGAUAAACUUCAAUAUAUUGAUCAAUAUUCAUGUAAAUAACUCUAUAUUAACACAUUUGUAAUAAUUAUCAGUUGUAAAUACAGUGGUACAUUGAAAAAUGAAAUUCUUGUACAUAUUGGAUAAAUGAUAACAAUUCACAAUUUUAAAUAUUUUAGCUUGUGAUUAGCCAUACACCCCCUGGGAUGUCUUUAUCACUGUUAUGUAGAUAUGUUUUUAAUAAAU